UCUAUGGUCGAACACCUUCCGGCGGCAGCAGCAGCGGCGGCGGCGGCGGCGGCGGCAGCAGCGGCGGUGCCAUGAACAGUGGACUCCCAGCGUCAGCCGCUCCGCUCGGGGGUGUCGGGAUAACCGGCGUCAAGGUGAAGUUUUGCCGAUACUACGCCAAGGACAAAACCUGCUUUUACGGAGACGAGUGUCAGUUCUUGCACGAUGAUCCGUCCGUGACCAGCCUGCCGCUGCACGGCGGCAGCCCCGUCCCGUUAUCCGUGGCCGGCGGAGCCGCCACGGCGGCCGCCGCGUACUCGCUCGGCGGCUCCCCGGCGGCUUGCCCGGGCGGCGGCGGCGGAGCGAAUGCGGCGAAAAAGAGCGACUCUCUGGGGCCUGCAGGCACGCCUCUGGAGGGACAGCUGUUGACCAUCCCAGGGAUGGAGGGCGGGACCCUGAGCGAUGCCAAUCUGACCAACUCAUACUUCAGCAGCAGCUUUAUUGGGGUCAAUGGAUUUGGAAGCCCCGCAGAGUCGAAGUACUCUAUGAUGCAGCGAAUGACUACCAGCAGCAGCUCUCCCAGUCUCCUCAAUGAUGGUGCCAAGAACUUCAGCCACAGCACUCACGAUCCAGUCAAUUCUCCCACAUCUUCACUGUUCAGUGAUUUUGGUGCUCUUAGCAUAUCGCAAAGGAGAAAGACUCCUAACCCAGCAGCAAGUGAGUUCAUCCCAAAGGGAGCUCCACGCAUGGCCACUAUGACACAGUCCAAUGUCUCGGCCUUUCCCUCACCUCUAUUCCCCCAUCCCCUCAGCAGCUCCACAGCUGCAGCCCUAGCUCCAGGCAUGUCUCUUUCUGCUGGUUCUUCUCCCCUCCACUCCCCGAAAAUCACUCCCCACACCUCACCUGCCCCUCGCCGGCGCAGCCACACCCCAAACCCUGCCAACUACAUGGUGCCCACCAGUGCAUCUGAUCAGGGCACACACAUCAUUCAGAAGGAAACUGUGGGGGGGACCACCUACUUCUAUACUGACAACACACCCGCACCCAUGGCUGGGAUGGUGUUUCCGACAUACCAUAUCUACCCCCCUACCGCACCCCAUGUGGCCUACAUGCAGCCUAAAGCCAAUGCCCCGUCCUUCUUCAUGGCUGAUGAACUUCGACAGGAGCUGAUAAACCGGCAUCUGAUUACCAUGGCCCAGAUUGAUCAAUCUGAGAACCCAGGUGUUCCGUCUGAGGUGGACAGCUACCACAGCCUGUUCCCACUCGAGCCCCUCCCCCCGCCCAACCGCAUGCAGAAGACCAGCAACUUUAGCUACAUAACCUCCUGUUACAAGGCGGUCAACAGCAAGGAUGACCUGCCUUACUGCCUGAGGAGGAUACAUGGUUUCCGUCUGGUUAACACCAAGUGCAUGAUGCUGGUGGACAUGUGGAAGAAGAUUCAGCACUCCAACUCUGUAACCCUGAGAGAGGUCUUCACCACCAAGGCCUUUGGAGACCACUCGUUGGUAUUCUCCUACGACUUUCAUGCGGGUGCAGAGACCAUGUUCAGCAGGCACUUCAAUGACCCAACAGCAGACUCCUAUUUCACCAAGAGGAAGUGGGGACAACAUGAACCACCUCCACCGCGGCAGCAUGCAGGCCUCCUUCCUGAAUCUUUGAUCUGGGCCUACAUCGUCCAGCUCAGCUCGGCCCUGCGGACCAUUCACACUGCUGGACUGGCCUGCCGUGUCAUGGACCCCAGCAAAAUUCUUAUCACUGGCAAGACCAGGUUACGGGUGAACUGUGUUGGGGUGUUUGAUGUCUUAACAUUUGACAACAGCCAGACCAAUCAUCUUGCCCUAAUGCCACAGUACCAGCAAGCAGACUUAAUCUCCCUGGGCAAAGUGGUGCUAGCACUGGCGUGUAACUCUCUGGCUGGCAUUCAAAGGGAGAAUUUGCAGAAGGCCAUGGAGCUGGUGUCAAUCAACUACUCCUCAGACCUCAAGAACCUCAUUCUGUAUCUGUUGACUGAGCAGUCUCGUCUGCGAAGUGUCAAUGACAUCAUGCCUAUGAUUGGAGCCAGAUUUUACACACAGUUGGAUGCAUCUCAGAUGAGAAAUGAUGUCAUUGAGGAGGACUUGGCCAAGGAAGUGCAAAAUGGCCGUCUCUUCCGCCUGUUGGCCAAACUGGGCACCAUCAACGAGAGGCCAGAGUUUCAGAAGGACCCAACGUGGUCGGAGACAGGCGACCGCUACCUGUUGAAGCUGUUCCGGGACCACCUGUUCCACCAGGUGACGGAGGCUGGGACCCCAUGGAUUGACCUCAGCCACAUCGUCUCCUGCCUCAACAAACUGGACGCGGGCGUGCCUGAGAAGAUCAGCCUGGUGUCUCGGGAUGAGAAGAGUGUCCUGGUAGUCACUUACUCAGACCUGAAGCGCUGCUUCGACAGUACCUUCCAGGAGCUGCAGUCUGCUGCCACUGGCCCUCUGUAGCGCCCUCUUCGGCCCCGGGAUGGGAGCACCCGGACCUGAAGCACACUAUUGCACUACAGCAGAGGACCAGGCUCGAAAGAGAAAACAUCAUCAGCGUGGCAAAGGCAGAGGGGCAGGGCUCGCUGAGCCUCAGUCAUAUACACUGGCCCUGUCCGCCAGGAAGGCUUUUUCUAAAGUGUAUUUUUUUAGUUUUCCUAAACCCCCCACAGCUGCAAACUUAAAAAAAAAAAAAAAAAAAAGGAAAAAAAGAAAAAAAAAUGGACAAACAUGGGAUCUGUGUCGAACGAGUAUAAUGACAUUUUUUUUAGGUUUGGGGGAACAAAACGUGAGACACAAACCAUGUGGUUCUGAGCAUUUUUCGUGCUAUUAUUGUUUAUUUCUACAUUUGGGGUUUUAUUUUUUUGUGGAGGAUGCACUAAGAUUUUAUUUUUUUUGUUAAUUUUUGUUAUUUUUAUGAAUAAAAAAAAAAAAGUGUGAGUGGCCUACAGGGUGUACAGACAGAGCUAAAGUCACACAGAUAUAAAUACCAGAGCAGACUGAGAAAUAAGAAAAAGGAAAAAAAAAAAAACAA